AUGAGCCAGGAUCCACGUUCCCCGCCUAGAUCUGGCGAGACAUCAGGAUCCGUCAACCAGGAUCCCUCAAGCAGCUUCGAUCCGAAUAACCCGUGGGGCGACGAAGACGACAUGGAAUACUUGCCCGUGGGGGAACUUGGAGAGUCGGUGGAUGAUGACAAUGAUGCUGACGAUUUCCAUGACGCUGAAGAGAGUUUGAAUGAAAUUGGUAUCGAAUUUGAGGAUAUAAUAGAGGAAGAAGAUGACGAGGGCGACCAUGACGACGAGACGGAAACCGAACGGCGACAGCCCAUAUACAUUACACGGGACCAAAUAAUGCAGCUUUUGGGACACGCUGGCCUGCGCCGUAUUUUCGCUGACCACACUUCCGGACGACGCGCGCAUCUGGACGACGACGACGACAGCGAAGAGGAUAACACUGGAUAUGGCGGGGUUGGACCUAGGCGACGGCGGGGUAGAGGUCGUAAAACGUUUGAAAAGGUGCCCAGUGAAGAGGGGAAGAAACUCAUGGCAUCGGGCACUUUUGGCGCGAACGACAGGCCAACAGACACACUCAAGCGCAAAAAGAGAUUGGCCUACAGGCUGAUGCAGAGAGAAUUGGGGCAGGGCACAAUAGCAAGACAAAAAGCCGUCAAGAACCUCAUUAGACAGCAUCUGAUUCCCUCGACAAGGGCAGACAUGAUUAUACAUUAUGACGCGCGUUGUUACUCUGGCCAGUUUUCAGAUGACGGCAACUUUUUCUUCUCGUGCGCCCAGGACUUCAAGGUGCGGAUGUACGAUACGUCGAAUCCCUUCGACUGGAAAUAUUAUAAGACCGUCGAAUACCCGUACGGACAAUGGACCAUUACAGACGCAUCCUUAAGCCCGGACAACAAGUGGCUGGCGUACAGUUCCAUUCGAAGCAUUGUAUGCCUGGCACCUACCGAUCCCACUGACACCUCCGAGCCUCAUCUUCUCGACUUUUCCAACACUGGCACUCGCGGACGGCGCGGCUUCCACGCAUAUCCCUAUUUCGGUAUAUGGUCGCUCCGCUUCUCAGGAGACGGACGCGAAAUUGUGGCGGGUACGGGCGAUCGCUCAGUGUAUGUCUACGAUAUCGAACGCCAGCAGUCGAUUCUGCGCAUCCCUGGCCAUGAUGACGAUGUCAAUGCAGUGUGUUACGGCGACGUCAACAGCCCGCACAUUUUGUACUCUGGUUCAGAUGACACGACCUUGAAGGUGUGGGACCGGCGCAGCAUGGCAGAUGGACGGGAGGCAGGAGUCUUCCUUGGACAUACGGAAGGCUUGACAUACGUGGACAGCAAAGGUGACGGCCGCUACGUACUGUCGAACGGCAAGGAUCAGACGGCAAAGCUCUGGGAUCUGCGCAAUAUGAUGAGCACUCGCGAUGCAGACAAGAUCGACGUGAACCAGUUCACAACUGGCUUCGAAUAUCGUACUAAUGCGUACGAUGAAAGCGACUACAUUCCGCAUCCGCACGACCGCUCGCUCGUCACCUUCCGUGGGCAUCAGGUUUUGAAGACGCUGAUUCGUUGCCACUUCAGUCCUCCUGGCAGUACGGAUUCCAGGUACGUGUAUAGCGGUAGCUAUGAUGGCAGCGUGUAUGUCUGGGAUCUCAACGCAGAAGUCAAAGCAAAGAUCAACGUACUGGACGCGACGCGUAACUCUAGGCCGAGGGAUGCGGAUCUACUUGCUGAGACGUACGACUUUAUCGGCCGGAACGGUGGUACGUGGCAGACGUGUGUACGAGACGCGAGUUGGCACCCUAACGCGCCUGUCAUUGCUGCAACAUCCUGGAACGGUUGGGGUACAUCUCUCGGUACCUGCACUGUCCACACGUGGAACGAAGAUAUGGGUGCAGAGGCCGAAGACGAGGGUGAACCAGCAAUGGGGCGGCGUGUCAACGCGCAGCUCGAACAUGAUCCGGAGCUCUACGGCACCUCGGAAGGUCGUCGAGGCAUGAGCCUGUUCUCCAGAAGGAGAAGAAGACAGGCCCGUGAUGAGGAUGAUGAUGAUUGA